AUGUGCUCUGACGGUUCAUAUUGUGCUUGUUACGCCCGGCUGUGUAGAAACAGCAUGCCUUGGACAAGAGUCACACCUGGUCAUCUCGUGGCCAUCAAAGCAUCGCCGGCCCCAGUAGACACUCGCGCCCUGUUUUCGCUGACGUCCAGCGACCUCAGCUCCAGCCCUCCACCCGAGCCUCUCUUGGUUGCGCCGCCGGCGCCUUUCGCAACCUCACGCGACCAUUCGGCAACCAGAGGGCGGGCGCUGAGUGCCACAAGUCCGCACAAUGCAUCACCACGAGGUGUCCCGCCGGCGCAGCAAGCACCACAAGUGUGGACGGCGAAGCAAAGUCUUGAGAUAGAUCGGAAGGCUAGUUUGUACAAUCACCAUCGCCAGACAUCCAUCGUCAAUGGCGCGCAGCAUUCGCGAAACCCAAGCCUGGCGGCCCCGACACAUAGGAGUCCGCUGGGGUCGUACAAAGCUACAGCAAAUGGCUCACCUGAGACUGCUACGGCAAAUGGCAAUGCGGUUUUGAAGAAAAGCCCUUCAAUGACUACGCUCUAUAAUAACGGCACGAACGGCACCAGCGGCGGCACAGCGACUGUCGUUAGAGGAUUGGAAAGUCAUCCCUCUCAACGGCGGCCGCAACGGAUGCACAGUGGCAGAGUGAAGACUAGCUCCGAGCAUCAGCGCGCACAGUCCAGAGCACAGGCUGCGCAGGAACCAAAGACUGUUGGAGAGUAUGCGCUGCAUCAUCUGUUCACCUCGUUUGUUGCUGAGGCGGACGAGCGUAUUGAGCGUUGCAUCCCGCGCUUUGGCGAGCUUGAGCCACGCAUUGAGGAGAUCUGCGGGCCUGGUGCAGACCCGCCUUUUGAUCAACUUAUCUCCUCCUUGGGUCACAUCAACCGACACAAGCCAAAGUCUCUCAUUGACUCUGUCAUUCAUUGGAGAAAAAUGAAGGCUGAUCUUGCUAACAAGAUGUACAGUGAGUUACAGCUGAUGCGCGAGCCUGCCCAAGUCACUCAGAGACCUGUGAUGAAUGGUAUAUCUUCCGCGCCCACCUCCCCGCCAGGUGGGCAAGAGGUCCUUCUGAAGGAGCAUGAGGUGUCUAUGGCUGACAGAAGGUCGACUAUAUCGAUCUACCUGCUGUGCCGAGUACUUAUAGCGAUUAUCAGCCAGACCACGCUUGAAGCCCUUAACGGCCCAGAUGGGUUCCUCAACACCGCUGGAAGGCUGGAGGAAGUCAUAUAUGGUCAGCUGCAAAGCGCAGAUCCCGAUAUGCUUGCUACCUCGCCAGUAUUAAGUGCCAACUGGGUGAUUCGAGGACAGCUACUGGGUGUUAUGAGCGGCAUUCGCUUCGAAGCCGUCACUGACCGCUUUCUUCAAAAUCUGGAGAUCGCUCAGGAGAAGCUUUCGGUCAAAGGCCAGGUCGACCCACGCCUCGCAGCUAAGACCGCAAGACUUGUGCAAAGUAUGCGCUUUCUUAAAGUCCAGUUACAGCCUCAAGAACUUUGGGAGGCGUCCUGUAGGAAGUUGCUUCGACUGGCGAAGUUCUUUGCUGCCGUGCAUGGACGAGUCAUGAAGCACGCUUACGCCGAGCUGUUCGAGCAUCUCUUGCUACCUGUCGCGGCAAAAGCGACAUCUGAAUUUGAUAAUCCUUCGUGGAGAGAAGCUCUUGUUAUACUACAGCUGCGUACCUCGCAGAUGCUCUCAAAGGCAGAUCAUUGGCCGUACGUGUACCCACUACAGGCGGUCUUACUUUGCGUUUCACCGCAAGAACAGUUCGCCAGCCAGUGGCUUGCGCUCGCAACUUCCGUACCGCCGAAAGCGCGCGACAGAGCUGGCCGGUCCCAUAUGCUUAAGGCUGUGUGUCGACUUACCUGGCGGUAUCUCUAUCGUCCGCACUUCACCGACGAGCCGGCCACCAAGAAGCUGGACGACAUUGUUAAGCUAGUGUUUCAAGGUGGCAAACGAGCCUUCGUCUCCACCGACCCUGCAAUUGCCGACCCACUAAUACAACUCAUUCGCAUUAUUGGAUACAAGCAUCAGGACAUCUGCUUCCGUACGAUAAUCUUUCCGUUGAUGAACUCCGAGCUAUUCGAGAAGCCCGAAAAAGACAGAGACAAAGACCUUCGCAUCGAGAGUCUUGAUCCUGAGAAGACUGUCGUUGCGAUCCGUGCUUUCCUGGCAAUUAUGACUGACUUAGAGAAGGGCCAGGCGCCUCCGUUUCCGACGAGGUAUGAAUGUGAUGAUCUCAUGGAUCCGGCUUCACGCUCUCCCAUCACCCACCGCCGAACACGCUCCCAAGGUUUCGCUGUGUCUGCUGGCCGAACCGAGCGACUCUCACGACCAGUCAUGACAACGAACUUCAACGACGUGACGAAAGAGUACUUUGACAGAUUUUGUAAGAUACUUGGCAAGAUCACCACGCUUUGCGACGAGGCAUUUGGUGGGCAGGCAGUGCUCAAGGAGAAGACUGCCUCGCAGACGCCCAAGACUCCUAUGGCUGAAGCAUUCGCGUUCAACAAGAAGGAGGACCUACUCAACCCUACCGACGCGCGACAGCAUUACUAUGAUUUGCUCCACGUGGCCGUCGAGGCGCUCCCACGCUGCCUUUCACCGGUGAUGUCAAUGACAUCGCUCGUCAACCUUCUAUGUACCGGCACCGCCCACGUACAACCGCAUAUAGCCAGCUCGUCAGCACAGUCGCUGCGAUCGAUUGCACGUCAAGCGCAUGCUCAGCAGGUUACUACUGGCUUCUACAGAUUCGUGUUCAACUUCGAUGAUCCUGAUGCCACAGCACCGGGUCGUAGCCUGCUGGGCCCAGAGCAUAUCGAGAACACGCUCAAAUUGUACGUGGAGCUUCUGCAAAUUUGGGUGGAGGAAGUGGAGCACCGCACACGUAAAGCCAGAGCGGACCAAUUAAGUGGUGAGGAUGUUGUGAAGAAGUCACUACACAAAGACUCUGCUGGAUUGCUAGCCCACGUGGACGAGGUGGAAUCGCAUGGCUUGUUUCUGCUGUGUUCGCCAUCACGAACUGUAAGAGCCGCCGCAGUGGAUGUUCUGCAGUUGAUUACCAAGUUCGAUACAGCCAUCGGCAAACCUGGCUCAAGGCUGAUCAGCAUACUCCAGGGCGGCUCGCAGCAGGUGAUAGAUGUAAAUGAUGAACGCUUGUCGCUGGCUGAGAGGAGUCGCUUACAGAAAGGCCUUCGGAGAAGCAGCAUCAACAGUACGCUCGUCGAAAUGUGCAGCAGUGAUCUUGCCCACGACACGAACCUGUGGUUCAAGCUAUUCCCGAACCUCAUAAGGCUGAGCUCAAAGGUCAAUGCACGCGUCGUUGCAUUAACACGAGCUCUAGUCUGCAAACAUCUGUGGCUCAGCAAUAAGACGAUUAAGGCUUUGUCUGACGGAUCAAGCUCAAAGCUCGGGGUGAACUCCAUGGUCGAGUCCGCCUCUGUUGCUGGUAGGCCGUUUACACACUGGAGCACGUGGGCGCCUGACAUGUUCAUCGAGCAGUGGAGAAUACACCUAGUGUUCGCCUGCACGACACUGACCGAACCUGAGGUCAGCGGCAAUGAACUGCCAUUGCCUUCACAGAGUUCACAACACACACGCAAGAGCUCAAGGUCCUCAACCAAAAGCCAGGCUAAGAUCACAACUGCGCAAGAGCUGUUGAAGACCGCAGUGCCGUACUUAUCAAGCUCCAACGCCACGCUAAGAGAUGCAGCAACUAGUGGACUUGGAUCUAUCAAUGCAACCCUAUAUGACACUCUGCUCGAUUCUCUCAAGAGUGAGGUGGGAAGACGUAGCGGUGAGGGCGAGAUCAUCCAUCAGCGGAGUCUGACCAGCCUGCGACGGAGUCCUCAGACGGACUGUCUACGCACGGAGAUUACGCGACUGCUUGGACUUACCUGCCACCAUCUCGCCGACCUAGCAGCCGUAGGAGACGCAACCCGCGAGAUGUGGUUCGCACCUAUUGCAGAGCACGGCAAACAGCUUCGUCUGUUUCUUAGCGAAACAGAUAUACAAGGCGACCUAGAGUUUCAGCGACUUCGCACUCACUAUUGUGUCUUCAUUGAGGCGCUGUAUGAUAGCAUACAGAAGCUGAAACGACCAUCAUAUAAUGUCGCCUUUCAGUGGCGUCAGGCUAUAUUCGCGCUUAUGGAGGACUGGUGCGGCUUUUCACCACACGAGCCACAGCUGAGAAGGCACGAAGCUCAUCUGCGACGGUCAGUCCUCGAUCGCGAGCAAGAUCUCCGCAAUCGUGGGAUCAUGAGCUCAACAAUGGAGAAGGAGCGUAACGAUCUUCAACUGGCAGCCCUGAGUGCCAUGGCGACAUUGUGUGCAGGCCCACUCGGCUUCUUUGCGGACAACAAGAUCCUGAUGCAGUUUGACGUUCGACGCCUAUUGGCAUGGGUUGGUGCCAUCUUUGAAGCACAGAGCGACCGUAUGCAUGCGAUUGGAAGGCGUGCGCUUCUCAACCUCAUUCUGCACAACCAGGACCAACCAUACCUUAUGGCCCAAGCAAUGCGGAUGUGCUACAUUGCAAGGACGCCCAAAGCGCUCACAAGCUAUUUUGAGGUAGUGACGAAAGUGCUCACGGACUGUACCGGCAUGACAGUACCGUUCUGGAAGAUUCUCUGCGCAGGCCUCUACACACUAGGUAACGAAGACAGCGGGAUACGAAUGAAGUCUGCACGCUUGUUGCGAGCUCUCGAAGAGCGCCAGAAGAAGACAUCGAAGCUGCAGGACCUGGACAUCAGCGUGUCUGAUAAGACGACAGCGGUAUACAAACUCGCUCAAUUCGAGAUCUCACGCCGCCUUUCGAAGCAGCAUCCGGAAUUGGCGUUCCACGUCUUUUCCGAGUUCUCCAUGUAUUUCAAUGAGCUGCAGCCGGACCAUCAACGCAACAUGGUGUCAGGCAUGCUUCCUUGGAUCCAAACCACUGAGCUGCAAGUUGAUCCUAGCGGUGCACCCACGGCAACGUCACACAUGCUACUGGUAAAUCUGUUCGAGAUCACCAUCAAGAGCAGCAUUACUCUACAUAAUGAGAUCCAGGCUUUGUGGCAAGCUCUCGCCACAGGACCAUACGCCGGCAAUGUGCAGGUCGUCCUGCACUAUAUCAUCGGCACAUGCUUGGAGAGAAAGGAGCAUAACUUCGUGCUGUAUGCCAAGCAAGUUGUCGUCUUCCUCUCCAAGACUCCUGCAGGCGCUCGAGUCGUGGAGUAUUUGUUACUGCAAAUAUGCCCAAGGACCAUGGUGCCAGAGCAGCGAGAGCCAAUACAACCGCCCGUGGACAUAACAGGUCUGCCGUACAUCGCGGAUCUGAAUGUGGCUUUGCCAAGUGGUGCAAGGCAAAACAGUCUCUCCCUCGGUCAGCUGAGUAUGAUCCUGCUGGUUGAUCUGAUCGUCUCGCCAAUCAAGCUUCCACCUGAGAAGGUGCCAUCUUUGUUGCAAGUGGUUUUGGUGCAGUGGGACCAAUACGUACCGAUAGUACAAGAGCAGGCCAGGGAGCUGCUUGUGCAUCUCAUCCAUGAACUAGUCAUCUCGAGAAUCGAGCCGGGCAGCACCAAGCCGGACAAGAGGGCCAUCGAGGAUUUCAUUGAAUCCGUACGACGUCACGAUCCCAAGAUUGCUUGGUCCUAUAGUGAUAGCGAGAUCUCAUCUGAGUAUGACAGGAGUCGGUCUGUCUCAGACACUAUGAAUUAUGUGGUGGACGAAGUGGUAAAGAUCUUUUGCGUGACCUACCCAGGCCUGCGUGAGGAGUGGGGGCGAGUCACCAUGCAAUGGGCUACUUCAUGCGCGGUACGACACAUCGCCUGCCGCUCUUUUCAGGUGUUCCGGUGCAUACAGACGACACUGGACCAGCAGAUGCUUGCAGAUAUGCUGGCUAGGCUCUCGAACACCAUCGCUGACAGCGAGAACCCGAAUUACCUCAUUUUCUCGCUCGAGAUAUUGGCAACCUUGCGCAGCAUCGUCGAUGCCCUUACGCCAAUCGCACUCCUUCAGUAUCCGCAACUGUUUUGGACAACGUGCGCCUGCUUAGAUACCAUCUUUGAGCGUGAGUAUCAGGAAGCGUUGACAAUUCUGGACAUUAUCCUACGCAAGAUGGACCUUACUGAUCCCGCAGUCGUGCGGAUACUCAAAGAAAGCCAACCAAGCAGUGACAAUCAAAGUGGCAAGUGGGAAGGUGCCUUCAACGGGCUGCAUUGUCUGAUCUACAAAGGCAUGCGCUCUAGUCGCAGUAUGGAUCGUUCUCUUGCGGUCAUGGAGAUCCUUAUCAAGCUCCCGUCGAAUGAAAUUCUAGGUCUUGACGACCGUUUGGCAUUCACAGUACUCGCUAACUUGCCGCGCUACCUGCACGCUUUCGAAGAGGAACCCAACAACGUAGGCAUCUUGGACUCCGCUCGCACACUAUCCAUAGCGUCAGAAGGCCAGGGUUGUACAACGCUUGCUGGUGCACUUGAGGCGUAUGCUUCUGGCCAGUACCGCAGUAGUAAGGACUUUCUAGCGCAGAUCCUGCAGGCGAUCCGCCAGGCCUUCUUCCCAGCCUUGGAGUUCCGCAGCCUAGUGUUUCUCCUCGGCAUGGUGAACAAUCAGACAGACUGGUUCAAAGUCCGGACUAUGCAGAUUCUGAGCGUCAUAGUGCCAGAGAUCGAUAUGCGCAAACCAGAGAUUGCCAGUCAAGGACCUGACCUUAUCUCGCCGCUGCUGCGCUUACUGCAGACCGAGCAUUGCCAGCAAGCCCUUGAUGUGCUGGACAAUGUUAUUGAGAUGACAGGUACGCCACUAGACAACAAGCACCUACGAAUGAGUAUGGCAGGCUCCCACUCGAGCCGAGCUACCCGCAAAGAGUACGAAAGCACGAAGAGCUUGUACGGCAUACCUGAGGAUUCUGGAUGGUCAAUACCGAUGCCCGCAAUGCACGCGGCGCAGACCAGAGCCAAUGUACAUGCGGUCUUCUACACCCUCGCAUAUGCUGGUCUAGACGGUACACAAGAAGCAGCCAGGACGCCGGAGAUUGAGUUCCACAAGGAUGAGUAUCCUUUCGACUCAUACGCGGCGGACAGAACUGCCACCAUGAUGUCUGAUGACACACGUACGGAUGGCAACAUGGGCGAACUGGCUGUUAAACUAGACAGCCUCGAUGAUUUCUUCGGCUCGGACGAAGAAGGCAUUGACUCAACGUCGCCGCUUCGAUCCGAUAACGUGCGGCCAAGAUAUCCCAGUGGUCGUCCUGGUGAACGCGAGGAUUUGUACGAGGAGCAAGUCCGCCCUAUCUUGCAGUCGCUGCAACGCAACACGAGUGUUACAUCGUUCCAGCGUGGCUUUGCGUCGUCAGAGGUCCGUUACCAGCCUGGUCGAGACAUGGUUAUGAACCCAGCCGCCUUCGCCCAGAACACUGCACUCCUAAGUCGCCCCGGCUUGCACAACCGAGCAGUGACCUCGCCAGUCAUGACGUUGAAGGACCAUGAAGCACGGCAGCCUCUGGCAGAGCCAAUGUCUGGUGACGAAGGUGACAGGGAGACCGACACGUUCUCCGAUGAUGACCUUUCGAUUGGAAAGGCGCACACGGGCGAAGACCGCGCGCUUCCGCAGCACAACAUCAAGCCAUCCCGAGGCUUCAGAGGGUGGUCGCAAGGACUACGCCGGCUUACUUCGAGCAGUGGUACUCAGCAGGAAGCCCUGAAAACGUUGGCAAAGUCGACUUCGCGUAGUCCGCAGGUACCGAGAAUGCCUGCGCCAUGGCUACGGAAUCCUCAAAGCGCUGAGCCCUGA